UACCACUUUUUGCAGGUAACGUUAUAUUUGAUUGACAUGUACGUUUCAUUAAAUGUACUAUUAUAUUUUCCCAAGCACUUUUUAUCCUAAAAGCUAUUAUAUACAGUAUAUAAAACAUUUAGACUGCAUGUAUAGAAUUUUACAUAUUCUCUAUAGCACGUUUGCCUCACACCUCCAGGGUCGGGGGUUCGAUUCCCACCGUGGCCCUGUGUGUGUGGAGUUUGCAUGUUCUCCCCAUGCUGCGGGGGUUUCUUCCGGGUACUCUGGUUUCCUCCCCCAGUCCAGAGACAUGCAUGGUAGUCUGAUUGGCGUGUCUAAAGUGUCCGUAGUGUAUGAAUGGGUGUGUGAGUGUGUAUGUGAUUGUGCGAUGGAUUGGCACCCUGUCCAGGGUGUACCCCGCCUUGUGCCCGAUGCUCCCUGGGAUAGUCUCCGGGUUCCCUGUGACCCUGAGAAGGAGUAAGCGGUAGAAGAUGGAUGGAUAUUCUCUAUAUUUUGUUGCCUCAUUGUCCAGACCUACUAACACUUACAUACAGUACCCUAAAAUCAGCCUCAUCCCACAAGAUUUCAGUUUUAGUCGUGUAUGUGAUGAGCCUGGAGCAUAUUAUCUUCAUCAGCACAAUUACAGACACAAAUAAUAAUUUCAGAUUAAAUCUGAACCUUCUCAAACAAAGUGCUGUAUUAAUGUAAUGAACAUUCUCUGUUUUUCAGGACUUCUGAUGUUGGCACUAAUUCCAUUGUUGGCAUUGUAUUGUUUUAUCUCUCAUUAUUAUUGCAAGCGUGUGUUUUUACUCCGGAUAUCAUCGAGAAUGAUCCUGGAGGUUGUAACUGCAUCAGCGUCGAUCUACCUCCGUUAUGUCAUUGUGGAUAAUGUGAAAGAGCGUGACGCGCUGACCUGUGCGACUGCAUUCCUCCACAUCUUGACCGUGAUAACAUGGUUUAUACAUAGAAAGUAUUCAUCAGGUCGAGAAUCUGACUCCAGAAACACUGGGACACAGCAACGUUUGUCCCAUUUGGUUGUGUUCAUGUUUGGCUCAGUGGUGGUGGUUCUUGUGAACGCGGUUGUGUUAUUAGUGGAGCUGAUCCUAAAAGCGCAAACUGGCCAGCGUACAGUGGAUCUGCGCGUCGUUCUCCUACCGACUGAAUGCGUCUUUGCUGUGUGCUGCCUUGCUUUACAAAUAUCUGCUUUCUGGAAGGAGAACAGAGAAGAAUUUAGAAAAGACAUCGACUCGCUGGGACGAUUGUGUGGGUGUAAACAGAAACACAGGGACUCACCUUCACAAUGUGAUGAACGUGAACUUGAGAAUCUGGUUCCUGAAGCUCAGCCCUCAGGGUCUUAGCAGAAAAGCAGAACGUACGGCGGUUUGGUGUUCUGGAGCACUCGGGUGUAUCUCUACAUCACGCUGAGAAGAAAGGACAUCAUCCAUGACCUGAACAGACUGGACGCACUCGUCUGAUCACCUCAGGGAUUGUUUUAAAGAUGCUUGUAAUGUGUUGUAUUUAAAUAUAUAUAUAUAUUUUUUUUUUACGAUCUUUUGUGUGACACUUAAAUGUGAGUUUCUUGUCUUCAUGUUUGCGCCUCCUGUAGAAUAGUUUUUAUUAUCUAAUUUCUCUAUAUAAUGAUUGGAUUUAUUCAUUUAUUACCUGUUUUGAGACAUUUUAUUUUAUUGUUUUUUAUUGUUUAUUUUAUUUAGAUGCUCAGAGUUUAUAUUUAUAUUCAGUACACAUAAAUCAGAUGACAUAUUAUAUAAGAGUGAUGCUGGAAAGGUAUUAUAAGUAAUGCAUUUCUAUAAUUGUAUAUAACAUUUCUUUAUUAUUUUUGUUUAGUUCUUUUGCAUUUCAAGAGUUAAGUCUGAUUGCAGCGAGAGGAAACAUGGCGUGCUGUAUGUUAAAACAAUGAGAAUUCUUUUUCUUUCUUUCUUUAAAAAUAAGAUCUGUAAAGUUGUGUAAUGCAUUCAGACAGGUGAAUGUGGUGCUUCCGGGUUUAUUAUAAUAUCAGUGUCAUUAUAAUAUACUGUGUUUGAUGUUGGGAAACUUGUAUUAAACACUAAUCAUGAAAUCAUGUAGUUUGAGGCCACAGCUUAGUGACGUAAAGCAGAGGGUUUAUUUCACAGGCUUCUCUCCG